UAUUUAUUGUUUAUUUGCAAGACUACGUAUUUUAUUUUAUCUUGUCAAUUGGUCUCGGACGGUAUAUGGAGAAAUAACGUGGUCAUGAGGAAAGUAGUCGAUAUGAUCGGGUCCAGAUUACUCGGGUGUUUAUCUUUGCUCCGUUUAUGUAGUGACUCGAGGCGUAUUAUAAAAAAAAUUACGAGGCGAGGUUGUCUCAGCAACUGUCCCUUCUAAAUCGCUAUCAAAUGCUUCUGUCCCGACUUCCUUCGGCGCCUCUGCGACCUGCAACCACCUCGUCAGCGCGUCUUCCAUGGCUUGUGGUCACCGCAGCGAGGAGAUACAUGUCCAACGACGUCGGAGUAGAUUCCACGACGGGCGAGGCCAUCAGGACGGACUCUGCUGAUAUCGAGCCGUCCCUACUCACCAUAACGCGUACCAUGGCACCCAGAGAACUCCCUCCAUCCUCAAAACUACUCUUUGGCCGACAUUUUUCGGACCACAUGCUGAAGAUCCGGUGGACUGAGGCUAGCGGCUGGGAUGCACCUUCCAUAGAGCCAUACGCCCCCCUCAGCAUAUUGCCAAGCGCAACCGUACUGCACUAUGCUCAGGCCAUAUUCGAGGGCAUGAAGGCAUACAAACAUCCAACAGGCACUGUCACCAUGUUCCGACCUGACAUGAACAUGGAGCGGAUGAAUACGAGCGCACGGCGUUUAGCAUUACCUACCUUCAAUGGGAACGCUUUCAUCGAGUGUAUGAGACAACUCAUUGCCCUCGAACGCCGUUGGAUACCGACGGAACCAGGACAUAGUCUAUAUAUCCGGCCCACUUUGAUCGGAACAAAUGGCACUCUCGGUGUGCAACCGCCCACUGAGGCUCUACUCUUUGUCAUUUGCAGUCCCGCGGGCCCUUACUACCCUCAAGGUUUCAAGCCAGUGCCUUUGUAUGGCACAACGGAGUAUAUCCGUGCUGCCCCUGGCGGCACCGGUGCUUACAAACUCGCUGCCAACUAUGCGCCAGGCGUAAUGGCACAGAAGAUGGCUGCCAAGGCUGGCUAUGCUCAGAAUCUCUGGCUUCACGGGCCGGAACAUUACCUGACUGAAGUGGGCACGAUGAACCUGUUCGUUGCUCUCAAGGGCGAGGACGGAGUGACUGAACUCGUCUCGCCACCGCUAGAUGGGAUGAUCCUUCCGGGCGUGACUCGUGACUCUGUGCUCACGCUCGCUCGGAACCACGUCUCCGGCAAGAAACGACUUCCUGGGCUUCCGGAUAAGCUCAAAGUUUCUGAGCGGCCGAUUACGAUGGGUGAGGUUAAGACCGCAGCUGAGACUGGUUGCCUCGUCGAGCUCUUCGGGACGGGUACUGCAUGCGUCGUCACUCCUGUGGAGAAAAUUGGAUACCUCGGUAGCGACGUAGUCAUCCCUACGGGCGAGGACGGGAUGGGUCCAUUGUCGAGGCCACUCUGGACUGAGCUCACGGGCAUUCAGACGGGUGAGAUUGAGAGCGAGUGGAACUUUGUGGUCACCAAGUAGAGAGAUUGUAAAUCUGAUUGAUCAGCUUGGGAUCCAUUGGUUCUUGGUGUCUAUCAGCUCAUAGCUUUUAGGGCAGUAUGAAGGCUCCCCUAUCGAUUCGAGCAUAUCCAUAUGCCAGACGAGCGCAGCUGCUCCCCAGGCUAUGUCCGACACCGUUUCGCCAGCUGUUCUCGUCCUUGUCUCGCGAUGUUGAAGCUGCGCUAGUCGCUGACCAGCGCCCUCCUGGGGAACUUGGCAGAUUCGUCAGAGAGUAUGAGCAACGUUCUGCAACAGUCCUUCAAUCCCAGUUGCCGAUAGAACACAUCCCUUGUCCGACCAGGAAGGUCGACGUCAGCUCACCCGACUCCGGGUCGGUGCUUAUCGUGCACGCGUUGGACUGUGGUCGGGCUGGUGUGAAGAAAACAAUCGGAAGUGGUUUUGCCAUACAACCACGUCCUGCCAGUUCGUUGGGCGAGGACACAACGGUGCUGACUUGUGCACACACGCUAGAAGAGG